AUGGCAAAGGGUGUGAUUGUUAUUAGCGUUCUGCUGGCUGUACAGCUCUUCGGAGCGUACGCCUCAACCGCGGACAGCUGGAAGCUGGUUCCUGACGAGUCGGGACGCUUGCGGCUGAUCAACACCAAUCCCUACGACAUCCCGGAGAAUGACAACGUUGUGGAGCCCCUCUUCAACCCCGAGACAGACGUAAUUUUCCGUCUCUUUACGCGUCGCAACCCUGCCCACGGUCAGGUGCUGGAAUGGAACAACCCGGCUUCGGUGCAAAACUCCAACUUCGUCGCUUCGCACCCAACCCGUUUCACCAUCCACGGAUGGAACGGAGGUGAAACGUCCGGUUUGCAUGCCAACAUCCGCCAGAACUAUCUCGGCGUGGGAGAGUUCAACGUGAUCGCCGUCGAUUGGGGAGCAGGUGCCCAGACGGUCAACUACAUUGCCGCCCGUAACCGAGUUGCAUCGGUAGGAGACAUAAUUUCGCGCAUGGUCAAUACACUGAUUUCGGCAACGGGUACGUCGCGUAACAACAUCUACCUGAUCGGCCAUAGCUUGGGUGCACAUGCUGCUGGCAAUGCCGGUAAAAUGCAGAACGGUCAGUUGAACACGAUCAUUGGUUUGGAUCCGGCGGGCCCACUUUUCUCCCUGGGCGAUUCGGAUGUUAUGGCACCGCAGGAUGCUCAGUACACGGAAUCGAUCUUCACUAACGCUGGUCUGCUGGGUUUCGAUCUGCCACUGUCGGACGCUAACUUCUAUCCGAACGGAGGCCGCAGCCAACCUGGCUGUGGUAUUGACGUCUCGGGCAACUGUGCCCAUUCGCGAGCUCACGAACUGUACGCGGAAUCGGUGUCAACGACCAUCGGAUUCCGUUCGACACGUUGCGCUAGCCAUGGUGAGAUUGUGGCCGGACAGUGUACCAAUACGGGCACUGCGAAUAUGGGCGGUGAACCAUCGAAUCAGGGCCGCGGUGUGAACGGUAUGUUCGUGGUGUCCACCAACGGUAACACGCCAUUUGCACAAGGCUAA